AUGGGAAAGAAUACGAAGCGUCCACGCAAUGACGAUUCAUCCUCAACAUCCUCCUCCAAACUUCAACCCAGCAAGAAGCCUCAUUCUUCAUCGGUUUCUUCAAGCCGCCAAACGAAGGACAUAAAUACACAUCAUCGCAGUUCUCAGCAUUCAGAGCAAAAGAGUAAGCUUUCAACUUUUCCUUCAUAUCUUGAGGUCCCUGGUUUGCCUCCGAAAGUUAAAUUGUCAUGUGAAAUCAUAGCCACCACUCCAUCUGUCACUGUUGAAAGAAUUCUUGAAGACAGAGGCAUAAGUGUUUCUCAGGAAGAUGUAGAAGGAGUUCUUAAGUUGUCCUAUGGAUUCCCUGGCCCGGCUGUUAAGUUUUUUCGGUGGGCCGAUUACCAACUUAGGGAUGAACAUAGCCCUUAUGCGUGGAACUUGGUUAUCGAUAUUUUGGGCAAAGAUGGUCAGUUUGAUGCAAUGUGGGAUGCAAUUAAAUCAAUGAGAAAAGAAGAGUUGCUUUCAUUAUCAAAUUUUUCUUCUGUAUUUGGUAGUUAUGUGAUUGCGAAUCGUGUUCUGGAGGCUAUUAUGACAUUUGAGGUUAUGGAUCAGUAUGGUUUUCCUAGGGACAUUGUAGCUUUUAAUUCACUGCUUAGUCCAAUUUGCAGAGAAGGUAAAACCCAGGAGGCCAAAGAAUUUGUCGAUACUGUGAAGGGGAGGAUUAGGUUUGAUGCUGAUACAUAUGCCAUUUUGUUUGAGGGACGGGAAAAUGAGAAGAAUGUGGUUGGGGCUAGGGACACUUUUUCAGAAAUGGUGGUGGAUGUAGGGUGGGAUCCCGGAAAUUUACCUGCCUAUGACUCAUAUUUGACUACUUUGCUGAAAGCAAUCGAAGACUGUUCUAGGAAGAAUGACGCGAAAAAUGCUGGUUUGAUUUGGGAGGUGAUGCUAAAGAAAGAUGAUUUUCUACCUGACACGGAGAUGUACAAUUUGAUGAUUGGCUUAAACUGUAUCGUCAAGGAAUUUGACGUCGCUGGAAAGCUGUUAAAUGAGAUGAUAUACCAUGGUGUAUUCCCAAAUUCGGAAACCUACAAUCUCUAUUUUUACUACUUGCUUAAAAGCAGAAAGCUGAAAGAGGCUUCAUCAAUAUUUUCCGAGAUGAUGAAAAAUGAGUUUGUCCCCAACCAUUCUAAUUGCAGUUCAGCAGUCAGAAACUUUGUAGAUGGUGGAGACCCUUAUACGGCCAUCAAGGUUUGGAAAUGUAUGAUUGAAAACUACAAUUUUGAUUUGGAGGAGACAGGGAACUUGUUGGUUUUAAGUCUUCGUGGUAUGAAUAGGCUACCAGAAGCACUUAAAUAUGCCGAGGAUAUGAUAGAAUGUCGAAUAAAAUUGACCCCUCCUACAUUGUCCAAGUUAAAGCAGAGCCUGGUACAAAAAGGAAAAUUGGCUGUUUACGAUGAACUUUUGCGAAAGUGGAAGGCUUAG